AUGCCCAUCAGCUACGCAGAUGAUAUGGUGCUGCUGAGCGCUUCCGUUUGUGGACUGAGGAAGCUCAUGGCUAUAUGUGAGACCUACGCUAAGUCCCAUGGAUUGGCGUACAACGUGCGAAAGAGCCAGAUCAUGGUCUUUGGGGAGGGAAGCAGGAGGCCAAACUUAUUGCCGAGCGUCUUUCUCAAUGGUUGUGAGAUUCAGCGCGUAAACAAGUUUAAAUAUCUGGGCCAUUUACUGACUCCUGACCUAAAGGAUGGUGAUGAUGUUGAGAGGGAACGCAGGGCGCUGUCGGUAAGGGCGAACAUGCUGGCUCGUAGGUUCUCACGUUGUUCAAAGGCAGUAAAGGUAACUCUUUUCAGAGCCUACAGCACUAGUUUCUACACGUGCAGUCUGUGGGCUGAUUGUUCGCGUGUGUCGUAUGGCGCUCUGCGCGUCCAAUACAACAACGCGUUCAGGGUGCUGAUGGGGUUGCCCAGAUACUGCAGCGCAUCGGGCAUGUUUGCAGAGGCGCGAGUAGAUUGUUUUUACGCGACCAUGCGGAAGAGGUGCGCCUCCCUGGUGUGCAGGGUUCGGGGCAGCCCCAACAGCAUCCUGUCUAUGAUAGCGAGUAGACUGGACUGCCGUUAUAUUAAUUACUGCUGCACUACAUCCGCAGGAGUUGUGCAAAAAAAAUAAUAUUAAUGAAUAGUUUAGAUGUUCCAAUUAUUACUAACAUAGGUUAAGUCCUUUA